AUCAGGUUAUAUAUAUAUAAUUGAUAACAUCUUGGGAGUUCUUUAGCAACUAAAAAAAAAACUUUGAACUAAAUAAUGGUUAGUCUAAAGUUUUUCAGUUUGGCCUCAUCAUUAUGCUCUUCUCCAUCAAAAACUGUCAAGUCUAGUCAUUCUUUCUUCUACAGUUUAGAUUUCGAGUUGAAGAAACUAGGUGGGUGCACAAAACUUACCCGUAAUGUGAAUUUGGAGAAACUAAAGAACAGCUAUUUGUUCCCUGAAAUUAGCAGACGUGAGCUCGAGCACGUUGCAAAGUAUCCAAAUGUACGACUGAUAAGCCUUGGAACUGGUGAUACAACAGAGCCUAUACCGAAGAAGAUAACCACAGACAUGAGUAACUUUGCUCAUGCCCUAUCGACUGUGGAAGGAUACAGAGGGUAUGGACUGGAACAAGGUGAUGAGGCCCUUCGGAAAGCUAUUGCUAAUACGUUCUAUGGACAUUUGCAUGUGAAAAGCAAUGAAGUUUUUGUGUCAGAUGGUGCACAGAGCGAUAUUUCUCGUCUUCAAGUACUUCUAGGUUCUGGUGUCACUAUUGCUGUGCAAGAUCCUACCUUCCCGGCUUACAUAGAUUCAAGUGUGAUUAUCGGUCAGACUGGUUAUUUCCAUGAAGCAACCAAGAAGUACCAAAAUGUUGUCUACAUGCCUUGUGGGCCUACGAAUAGUUUCUUCCCUGAUCUAGCAGUGACCCCAAGAACUGAUGUUAUCUUCUUCUGUUCUCCUAAUAACCCUACUGGUUAUGUAGCAUCCAAGAAACAACUCCAUCAACUAGUUGAUUUUGCAAAGACCAAUGGUUCUAUUAUUAUUUUUGACUCUGCAUAUGCCGCUUUUAUCGAAGAUGGCAGUCCACGUUCCAUUUAUGAAAUUCCUGGUGCUCGAGAGGUGGCAAUUGAAAUUUCAUCAUUCUCCAAAUUUGCUGGCUUCACUGGCGUUCGGCUUGGUUGGACUAUCAUUCCUGAUGAGCUCUUAUACUCUAAUGGUUUUCCAAUUAUAAACGAUUUCCAUCGCAUUGUGACAACUUCCUUCAAUGGAGCUUCAAAUAUAGCGCAAGCAGGUGGCUUGGCAUGUCUUUCUUCUGUUGGCCUUAAGGAAAUCGGGUCGGUGAUCAACUACUACAAAGAGAACAGGAAGAUACUGAUGGAGACUCUGGUCUCACUUGGCCUCACGGUUUAUGGUGGUGUAAAUGCUCCAUACUUGUGGGUUCACUUUAAGGGAUCAAAAUCAUGGGAUGUUUUUGCUGAGAUUCUCGAAAACACUCAUAUAAUUACAGUUCCGGGCUCAGGUUUUGGGCCCGGUGGUGAAGAAUAUUUAAGGAUCAGUGGGUUUGGACGCAGAGACGACAUUGUUGAAGCAUCAAAGAGGUUGCAAAGUUUCUUUACCACACGAACCAAACAUUUUCCUUUGUUCUCUUCCCCUUCUAAUAACAAUUAAGUUGAACACGUCUCGUGUUAUGUGCAUUGUCUCGAAUAAUCCCUCCCAGUUGUUAUAUCAUGAUGUAUAUUGUUCAAUAAUAAAAGCGACGGGACCGUGUUAAUCUUUGCGCUAUAUUGAGUCAAAA